UCCUCCGGUCUGCUUGUCUCCUCCUCCCCGGGCUCUUGACGCCUCUCUCAGGCUCUUCCGUUCCUCAGUCUAGAGGGAGUUUAGGAAGCGGGACACAGAGCAAAGCGAUUGAUGCGUUGUCUUUGCCGUCGGGCAACAAACCGGGACCUGUCGUCGGACUUCGUUCGGCUUGCUUUCGCUGCUUGCUUGCUUGCUUGCUUCUCCCUCAUCACGGCGGAAAAGCGAGGAAAGAGCACCCUGGAGAGGGCCUCUCCGUCCUUUAAGAUGCCUGAAAAGGCGCGCGGGGGAGUGUAGGGAGAUGGAGUUCGAAGCAGUGGGGUGGGGGGACAGGGAUAAGCCGGGAAGGUCUCAGUCCUGCCCCACAUCUUAUUCUUGGAGCUGUACUGGUGGCGCACCGGGCUGAUUUCCCCUCCCCAUCCCCGAUGAGACUCCUGCUUUUCCAGUCCACCGACAAAUACAAAAUACAAAAUUUCUCUUUGUAAUUGGAAUUAUAUUAUCCUGCCUAUGUUUUCACAGCUUUCUAAGGCCGCUUACCAGAAGUUAAUUGACAUAAAUUUGAGCAUUGUAGAUGCAAUCAAUCAAAAACAGAAACAAAGACUAUAAACCGACAGCCAGUGACUCAGAGCAGCUGCUGUAGUUUGGGCAUGGCAUCACUUGAAAUUAUGCUACAGUUUGAAAAUUUCUCUUUGAAGAACCAUGAAAGCCAUUAAUGUCUCAACACUCAAAUCAGGAGGACAAGAUGUCAUUGGGAGCAAGUAAGGAAAACAGGAGGCCUGUCAAGGAGCCACUUGAAAAGAGUUCCACUCGUGUGAUUACCAUUGUCUUCAUUGCACUCCUCAUAGAUCUAUUGGGUUUCACCCUCAUCCUGCCACUCUUUCCUUCAAUACUUGAUCAUUACAGUAAGAAUGAUGAUGGUUUCUACAUGACAUUGCAGCAUGGGGUAGAUUGGUUUGCUGAAGUGAUUGGCAUGCCUGCCGAAAGGAAGUACAACAGUGUCUUAUUUGGAGGUCUGAUUGGCUCCAUAUUUUCCAUCCUUCAGUUUUUUGCUUCUCCACUCACUGGUGCCACAUCUGAUUACUUUGGGAGAAGGCCAAUCAUGCUGUUGACUGUGAUUGGUCUGAUAGCAUCCUACUCCCUCUGGGCAAUUUCCAGGAGUUUUGAGAUAUUUCUUUUCUCCCGAAUUGUUGGUGGAAUAAGCAAAGGGAAUGUCAGCCUCUCCACUGCCAUAAUUGCUGACCUGCAAUGUCCAAAAGCUCGAAGCAAAGGCAUGGCAAUGAUUGGUGUGGCUUUCUCCCUGGGCUUUACUAUUGGUCCUAUGCUUGGUGCAUACCUUGCCAUGGAGACAGAUAAGGGAGACAUCUUCUAUCUUCGUUCAGCUAUUUUUGCUGUCAUGUUUGCAGUUACUGACCUGGUUUUCAUCAUGUUCCUGUUGCCAGAGACACUUCCCAAAGAAAAAAGGGUAUCCUCGGUGAUGUCUGGUUUUCAGUCAGCAGCUGGCCUGCUCAGUCCCUGGGCCUUGUUCCAGUUCUCUGCAGUAAGCCAAAGAAUGGAUCCACCUUCAAAAGAGACUCUCAAGAUCCUAGGUCUGGUGUAUUUCUUAUAUCUCUUCCUAUUCUCUGGUCUGGAAUACACUCUGAGUUUCCUAGUCCAUCAACACUUCCAGUUCAGCAGUAUGGAGCAAGGGAAGAUGUUUUUCUUCAUUGGAAUUACAAUGGCUGUGAUCCAAGGAGGUUACACUCGCCAGAUCAAGCCAGGAAAUGAAGUCAAGACUGUAAAAAGAGCAAUAAUGCUCUCUGUUCCUGCUUUCCUUUUAAUUGGCUGGAGUACUAAUUUGAUCAUCCUGAGUGCAGGACUGUUGUUUUACUCUUUUGCUGCUGCCGUUGUUGUUCCUUGCAUGUCUACAGUGGUAUCAGGCUAUGGGUCAGUAAGCCAAAAAGGAACCGUAAUGGGCAUCUUAAGGAGUCUGGGGGCCCUUGCAAGAGCAUUUGGACCAAUAAUGUCAGCAACAGUAUACUGGCUAGCAGGAGCUGAAGUUUGUUUCACUCUCUGUGCUUCUUUGUUUCUGCUCCCUCUCAUUCUGCUUGGAUGCAUUCAAGAGCAAACAAAAGAAGAAUAGACAACUCUGGUUACAAUUUCCCCCAGACUCCAGAGGCAAUGCAGAAGUGGCUGGCCAGGAAACCAUUUUAAGGGGCCUGAUAUGUAUGUUAAAAAAUGUAUUAUGUUUUCUAAAGACUCUAAGUUUGCCAAAUAUGAAAUACAGUGUUCUAUUUUUUUCUACGGAGUCCAGCUGUAUCUGAUGUAUAUUUUGAACAUAAAACUUGUCUCAGGCUGCAAUCUUGUACACACUUUCCAAGGAGUAAGGCCUACUGAACAUGAUGGGACUUGAUUUCUAAGUGCACAGGAUUGUGCUUCAUGUUCAACUUUAACAGGCUGGAAAAGAGCACUGCUAUUGCCUUAAACCAAACACUUAGGUUGCAAAUCAGAAGACAGGGCAUAGGCGUGUCCCACAUUUAGCUAUGGAAAGCAAAGAACUACUACAACAAAUAUUUAUAUACUACUUUUCAACAAAAGUUCCCAAAGCGGUUUACAUGGAGAAAUACUGCAAUCUAUUGGCCUGCUUGCUGUAUUCAUUAUCGUCAAGAGAGAAAACUUGAAAUCUAUUGACUCUACAAUUUAUUUCACUCCUCUGACAGCAGACUAGUUUUCUGUUGCUCUUGAGGGCAGAACCAGAACUAAUGGGUUAAAAUGACAAGGAAGUCAAUUCAGCCUAGACCUUAGAAGUCUCCUGAUUUUAAGAGCUGUUCAUUAGUGGAACAGUUUGCCUUACUGUUACUUAAAACUAAUCAGAGGGCUGUGGGCCACCUCCAGCCUCAAGGGCAGGGUGCCUCUGAGUACGAGUUGCAGGGGAGUAAUGGCAGGAGAGAGGGCACACCCUCAACUCCUGUCUGUGGCUUCCAGCGGCAUCUGGUGGGCCACUGUGCGAAACAGGAUGCUGGACUAGAUGGGCCUUGGGCCUGAUCCAGCAGGGCUGUUCUUAUGUACUGGAUGGCUGUCAGAUGCCAUAGCAGAUUCUUACACUGAGCAGGGAUUGGACUAGAAGAUCUCCAAGAUCAUUUCUGACAUUUAAAUUAUGAUUCUAUCUACUAGUUUCACAUUCUUAUCAUUUUUGAUUAAGCACAUUAUAAUCAAUCAGUCUUUGUUACAGACCAACAAAUAACUCAACUGAGGUUGGAAAGGGGGGAAAAACAAUACAGUAACAUAGUUAAUACUGUAUCUGAUAUCCACCUAUACAGAGCAAGUCUGAGCCGCUUUCACUAUGCAGGAGCUAAUGUCUGUUGCCAGAUUUUUACUAGCAGUCAAGCAAAACUUGGCAAUGUACAAUGUAUAGGGACAUCUCAUCUUUCUGCUCCGAUAGAAAAAGACUGACUUACAUAAAAGAGAUCCGAACGGCCGGGAAAAUAUAAUGAUGGUGGAAAUUCCUGCACAUAACAUAUUACUUAGGCUAAUACCAUUUCUAAAUGCUGGCCUAGAUUUGAUUCUGUUUACUAAAAAAAAAAAGUAAGUUAAAACUAGAGCAGAAUGUCAUCCAAUUUCUGGCCUACAGUUAUGACUUGAGGGGUAGAAGUAAAAUUAGGAUUUAAGGUGGCUUAAUACUGUGCCUCUUGCUUCAAAGUGCUAAGGCAUCAGUUGGUUAAAACCAAGCGUUAUGGCAGCUUACGGGUUUGUGUGUUUUGGGUAGAAUCUGAAAACUGUAUGGCUGGAUUAAUGGAAUCUGUAGAAUCAAUGUGAAAUAAAAUAAAAUUCUUCAUUUAUUAUAAAUACUACCUCCUUGUAAAUAUUUAAUUACAUUUUCUUGUAAAUGGUAUUUGCAUAAAGGUGGUUACCAAAUAUAUAAAGGGAUCCCAAAUUAAUUACUGAUUCACCUACACCUAUAAGCUUAAAAGUAUAAUGCACCAGAAAACAUUAGCAGGGACGAGAAAAGACUGUUUGUGCUGCUCAGUGUUUAUCUUACAAUCAAAUUAGUGAACUAUACAAGGAAAGUUUUAUAGUUAAAAUAGUAAAGUCAAACUGUGUUCUACCAUGUUAAAUCUUGAAAAUUUUAAGUCUUGACAAUUUGUCCCAACUGUCUAAAAUCUCUACUGUAUUGGAAGUUAAUCCAACUAAAUAAACACAUAUGAAUGUA